CCCGUACAAAUCUCUUUGCCUUCGACAUGUGAUACGACGGACCAUCGUGACACCCCUUUGUACUGUACCCUAUUAUAAUAACAAUAACAAUAACAGAAGCAACAAUGAAGUUUUGCGCUGCUGCCCUCGCAUCCAUGUUAGUCUGCCAACAGGCGGUGGCAUUUACUACAACGAAGGCGUCCUUCCCCGCUGCUCGGUCGGCUUCGAAACUGCACAGCUCGGCCGCAAACGUGGUCCUGCGCCCCUCGCCCGCGGAUGCGGGAGCCAACGGCGAUUCCCCCGAAAUCUUCGACAGCCUCUCGAUCGGUGGAUGCCGCGUGCAUCGAUACAAAUCUACCUCCUUCAACACGGACGACACCGACGUCAACUACGUCAUGUGGUACCAUGGCCGCAGCACCAAGCAAGACGAGGACAAGUCGUUGCCACCCCUCAGCUCGGGCCGCAUCGGACGGGCCGUUUCGAAGAACGGACUGGUCUGGGAAAAGGACUGCAGUGGUUCCUCGGACGUUGACAUCGAAGGGGUUUCCUUCGGUCUCAACCAGGAUUCCUGGUGGGGAUUCGACACGGCCCACGUUGGUUUGGGGAGUGUGCUCUUGCCCAUGACGACUCCGGCCGUCAUGACGGAGGGUGGAAUCUACCUAAUGUACUAUUUUGGGGGAAACUUCGAGGAAACUCCGAUCAACGACUACGUUGAGGCGGACAUGCCCGAGGACCUGACCAUCAAGGGCAUGAAAAUGCGCAUCGGCGUGGCGGUUUCCCAGGACGGAGAAACCUGGGGCCGGGUAGAGGGAGAUGAUCCCACGGGGGCCUGCAUGCCCCCAUACGAAAAGUCAAAUUCCGAAACCAAGAUGGAAGACGACAAGAAAUCCAGUCUUGAAAUCAAGGAAGAACUUUAUUGCGGCUGGCCGGAGGUGGUCGUUAGGAUCGACCCAUCGAACGACGCCAACUCGGGAUUUUUCAUGUACUACAGCACCAUGACCAAGGACGACAAACAAAAAUCCCUUGGGGUUGCCGUGUCGAGCGACGGAUUCCGCUGGUACAAGCGGGGGAUAUGCCUCACGCCCUCUGCCGGUGACGAGGACAGCAUGGACGACGCCGGGGUAGCCCGGUGCCACGUCGUGCGAAACGCGGUCUACAACGAACUGGAGGAAACCUGGAGCGACGCCCCCGGUUACACCAUGUUCUACGAAGGGGUCUCGUCCCUUGAUAAGAAGCACCGCGUCCUCAUGGCCACCAGUGACGACGGAGAGGCGUGGACCAAACGGGGGGUUGUCCUGGACAUUGGCGAGAGCGACAAUGAAGCGUGGGACUGUGACGGAGUCGGAUCGCCCAACAUUCUUCGCAUGGACGAUGGAUCGCAGCGAAUGUACUACGUCGGUCAGAAGGGAAGCGACACGGCCAUAGGGGUCGCCAAGAUGGCCGUUGACUCUACCGCCUGGGUGCGUGAGCAGUCCUCCUUUUCCUUUGUCGAGGCCUAGACAUAGCAAAAUCAAGAAACAACCUCCUUUCUCACCGAACGACAGGGACGAAGACGUGUAUGCCAAUAAUACAUGUUUGAAACUAAUAUUAAUAGAGAGAUACCCCUACA